GGAACAGUCAGAGUAAUAUAAGGUUUAAUAUACAUCUAAAUAGGUUAUAUAGUCAAAAUAACCUACACAAUAAGCAGCGUGAGGUAUUUAAGCAGAGAAACAAAUCUUUGAUGUACUAUUCAGCAGCUACUGUACUAUUUGUAUUAGGUGCUAGUUACGCUGCUGUACCAAUGUAUAGAGCUUUCUGUUCUGCGACUGGAUUCGCAGGUACACCAAUGACAGAUCCAAGUAGAUAUACUGCAGAUAGACUUAUACCAACAGAGGAGAGUGCUUCCAAUAAGAGGAUUACGGUAAAGUUCGCCGCUGAAGCUAGCGAUAUGUUACCUUGGAAGUUUACACCACAACAAAAAGAAAUCAAGGUUUUACCAGGAGAGAGUGCAUUAGCAUUUUAUACAGCUACUAAUAAAUCUGAUGAAGAUAUCAUUGGUAUUGCUACGUAUAACGUCACACCAGGGAAAAUUGCACCAUAUUUUGCGAAAGUUGAAUGUUUCUGCUUUGAAGAGCAGCGUUUAUUAGCGGGUGAAACGGUAGAUUUACCAAUUUUGUUCUUUAUAGACAAAGACUUCCUUGAUGAUCCGUCAAUGAGAGGUGUAGAUGAUGUGGUACUUAAUUAUGUAUUCUUCAAAGCCAAGCAUGAUAGACGUGGUCAACUCAUACCCGUCGGUGUACAAGAAGGCGUUGAUGUUCAUGAUAUUUCAACUCCUAAUAUUGUUAAAUAGAUAGAUUUCAGAAAUUUAUAAUAAUAAUACAUUAAAAUGCUAAA